UCACACAUAUGUGUCAGGCCGCUCCUUGGGGGGGGGUUCUGUCAGGAAUGGAUUCAGCACUGGUGGUGUGGACUCUAUCCCGUGUGGGCUGCAGUACCUAGAGCUGACCAGCGGGUGCUCUCAGCGCAUCUGGUGGUGGGACUCUCUUGCCGUGUGGGCUGCAGUAUCCUGAGCUGACAGCGGGUGUCUAUCAGCAUUGGGUGGUGGGAACUCUCCUGCCGUGUGGGCUGCAGUACCAGAGCUGACCAGCGGGUGCCUCUUAGCAGCCAGAAGCUCACAAUCAGCCAACUGGGGCUGAUUACAGAAAGGUGUAAAAUCUAAUGGCAUCUGACCAGGCCUUGUGCUCCUGGGCCUUGGUUGGUAUGUUUUCCCAUGAGACCCCUGUAAUCCUGUUCCUAGUUCCUGUGAGGAAAGAUACCUUGUUGCCGACCCUGCCUGA